AUGGCCAAUAUUCGACCUUUGAAUGAAGAUUUGCAAAAAGUCGCCACUGAAUUGGGCGAAGUGCCUUCACGUUUGGCUGAUGAUUUGGCUGCGCUCAAGGAAUGGAUACGCCAACAGCCUCAUUUGAGAGCCAACACCGAUGAUCAAUUUUUGGUGGCCUUCUUGCGAGGCUGUAAAUAUUCCUUGGAACGUACAAAAACGAAAAUUGAUCGUUACUUUACAAUGAAGAGUAAAUUUCCCGAAUUGUUUGGUCCCAUUAAUGUAGAUGAUCCGAAAGUAAGGGAACUUCUACACACAGGAACCUGGCUAUUUUUACCCACCCCUUUGAAUGGCAAUGGUCCACGUAUUGGCUUAAUGCGUAAUGGUGUUUAUCCCGCUGAUAAAUUCGCCAUCGAAGAUGUGUUGAAACUAAUCCAUGCAAUGCAGGAAAUCAAUAUGAUAGAAGAUGACUAUGCCAUUCUGCAGGGUGCUAUAUUUAUUGGUGAUUUUGGAAAGUCCACCAUGGCCCAUUUAAUGCAAAUGACACCAUCGAUAAUGAAAAAAAUGACGGUGUACUCCGAAGAGGCUGUGCCACUGAGACCAAAGGCUCAACAUUUUAUUAAUACCAUUGCAGGAUUCGAUGCUAUUUUCAAUAUGGCGAAACCCAUGUUUUCGGCGAAGCAACAGAAGAGGUUAUUCGUGCAUGGCAACAAAAUGGAUUCGCUUUUCAAGGAGGUACCCCAGAAAUAUUUACCCAAGGAGUACGGCGGUGAAAAUGGUUCAAUUGAGGAGAUAAUUGCCGAAUGGGACAAGAAAUUUGAUCAAUAUAGAGAUUAUUUCAAGCGUAGUGCUGAAUGGGGUACCGAUGAAAAGUUGCGUCCCGGCAAGGCCAUUGAUUUUGAGAGUCUUUUUGGUAUUGAUGGUUCCUUCCGUAAAUUGGACGUUGAUUAA